AUGUUUCAUCGACGUCGCCCAGCUACUACCGUCACGCGCACCACCAAGCCAACGCUGAUGACCCGCCUUAAGGGACGAAAUGCCAGAUCCCGUACCGUGAAGACUACAACCACCACAGAGCCAACUCAUGCCCACGGCCAUACCCAUGGAACACGUGGAACCCAUGGCACUCAUGGCCAUCGUGGUCAUGCUUACAAUACCACCCCUGUCCAUCACCACCGGCGCAAAACCACCAUGGGUGACAAGUUUUCCGGUGCUAUGUUGAAACUAAAGGGAACUUUGACCCAUCGCCCCGCAGUAAAGGCCGCCGGCACUCGCAGAAUGCAUGGUACUGAUGGCCGUGGCGCACGCCGUGUUUAUUGA